AUGUGGACAAAGAGCCUGGCAUUCCGCCGGACGGCUGAAUACAAGCAGAAGUAUGACGUGGCCCGCUGGAAUAGCGGUCCAGCGGACCUGAUCUGCCUGAGCUACACCCAUGACGAAGAUUAUGAAGAGCUGAUACCUGAGCAUCUGAAGUUUCA